AUGCCUAAAGCAGCGGCAACCUCGAAAAAUCCAACUGUGCCGCCCCAGCGAGCCGCUCGUCGGUCGAUGGGUGCAGCAAGACCUCUCAUGCAGCCUGUUGCGACUUUACCUGAGACUGAGGACAGUGAUGUUCGACCAAGACUUCAUCGAUCGACAAAUGGACGAAUCACCCGCCUACCCAAAGCCGCGAAACAAGACGAUACCGAAGAAGACUUUGAUAAAGACCACCCCGAAUGCCUUGAAGCAAUCCGGGAUGCCGAGGAGACCAACCGACGGUUGACAACGAGGCUGAACGCGCAGCGACGUGAAGCUACCGCCAGUGCGCAGCGACUCAGCAGAGAGCGAAAGGAGAUGGCAGUCAAAAAUCAACAAUAUCGUUCAGAGAUACAGAAACAAUCCAAUGAGCUUCAACGUUUGAAUGAGGAGGUUUCCCGGCUACAGCGGCUUCUGGAUGCGGCCAACUCAGAUGCCCAUAACUUGGUACAGCGGACCGAAUUACAACGAAUUCUAGAGGGUAUCCAUGCUGCUGGUCGAACAUUUAUGGGCCACAUCAAAUCUCAAGUAGAUGAGAACCAGAAUGCCCAGGACCUCACCGAGCUGCCCGGGAUUAAUAUGACCGGAGACUGGCUAGCCAUACCAGAGUUUGAUGACGAUGCCGGGUUUGCAGAAAUGCCAGACAGUGUAUUCCCCCCACCGGCCCCUGGUGAUAUCUGA